AUGUCCCUAUUAUUUGGAAUAAUAGAUAGAGUUAUUCCACCAGAACAUGAAGACAUUCCAUCAUUAAAUCAAGAAAUAACUACAAGUGCUCUCAUAUCUUCAGAAGAAAGUCGAUAUAGAAGAUUAUUGCGACACCUACGCAGAUUUCAGCAGAGAGAAAAUACAUCGAGUCAAGAAUUACGUGGAAAACUGAAAAGAAUAGUUUUGUAUGGUACCAUUGCUGGAGUUGUGGUUUCAUUGAUCCUUGGUAUUUUGUUUGUCGGUGUUCUUUAUGUCGUCAUAAAGGAUUCGCAGAAUGGGUUGGUUUUAUCUUUGCUCAUUCAAACAUUACCGUAUAAACCAAAUACUAACAGUAAUAACAUUAUUUUCAGAAAUAGUCAAGCUUUAUGGGUAUCAAUUGGUGCCGUAUUUGGUUUUUCAGGAGGUUAUCUAAUAUAUAAAUGUUCUAACCUUAUUUCUUUUCGUGCUUUUGCCGUGACCUGUACUAUAAUAGUUUUUUUCGUUGGCGCUGGAUUAUUUGGGACUUCAAUUGCUGAUUUUGAAACGGUCACAAAUUCUGAUCAAAUUUAUUUAUGGAAUUUAGAUUGUUGCGAUCCGGAAACUAACGGCGGGUGGGAAAUAAUGAGUAGUACAUUUGGUUGGACCAAUAAAGCCAGUUUGGGUCAGGUUAUUGGAUACGUACUUUAUUGGGUUGUGGUUUUAGUUAGAACUUUCAUUAUUUUGAGGAAAAGAAAUGCGACUGAUUUGACUGAAACUAACGAAGCAAAUAAUAACUGA